CCCCCCCCCAGCCCGAAAGCCAACCCGUCUCCGUUUCGGUGGGGGUCAGUUACAGCGCGCCGGGCAGCUCGGGUAACGUAACGCAGCGGCUGGGGGCCGCCAGCCUGCCCCCCCCCCCCCCCCCCCCCCCCCCCGCACCCUGCCAUGAAAAAGUCAUGAGGCAAACAAUCCCCGGGACCUAUUUUCGGGAACAAUAACUCGCCGCCGCGCUGACACCGGAGCCGGGGGGGAAGGAGGCCGCGGCAGCGCGGUGCUGGUGCGCAGCCGACAGCGGGUGCUGGGGACCGAGCGUCCCAUCCCGAAGGGUGCUGAGCCCGUCCCCAGGUCCCUUUGGUGGCAGCGGGCUGGGGGCUCCCCACGCCCUGUCCCCUCCUGUCCCCCUCCCCCCCCCCCCCCAAGGCAGCCCACGGACCCCCGGCACCGGAGGGCCCCGCACCCCGCGUGCUGCAGGGGGUCCCCACGCGCCCCCCCAGCCCCGUCCCGUCGCAACCACGGGGCUGCGUGACCCCACAGCCGCGGGAGGGAUUUGGGGCCACAGGACAGAUGGAGGCCAAGGGCCCCAAAGCAGGAUAAAAGGUUUAAACUAAUCAAAAUGCCUGGCUAAUUGUAAGGCGCUUAGGGGCUGGCUGGGAGGCGGCGCGGCUGGAGGUGACCCGCUGCUGAAUCAGAGAGCCCGGUAACCUUAGCCCGCGGGGAACGGAUCCGCCGGCCCGCGCCCGGAUCGGGUUCCCACCCAAGUUUUCCACCCGCAGCGGGACACCGGGGCCGUGGUGCUGGAGGGCGGCGUGGCCGCGCACCCCAGGAACCGGCCGGGGGCUGCUGGGGCGCCCGCUCCCUUGGGCUCGAAGCGAAAGCCCCGCUCUAGGUUACCCCGGCCUCGGCGCCCGCUGCAAUCUGGCCGGGCUUUGUAAUCCUACCUGCGCCUAAUUCAACGGGCCGCGGCCCCCGGCCCACCCCCGGACCCCCCCGCUGUGCCGCGCCGCGCCGAGCCGCGCCGUGCCGAGCCGCGGGGCCAGUGCGGCAGCGGCAGCCGGCAGCGCAGACGUCCCCGCCGCGACGCCCGGGGAGCCCCCGGCAGCCCCCUUGGGGCCGCCCCCCCCCCCCCCAGCCGCCGGCGGAAGAUGCCAACGAAUGGGAUCCACCAGGUCCUGAAGAUCCAGUUUGGGCUGAUCAACUGCGAGAGCCGGUACCUGACGGCGGAGAGCUUCGGCUACAAGGUGAACGCCUCGGCGCCCAGCCUGAAGCGCAAGCAGAUCUGGACGCUGGAGCAGGACGAAGCCGACGGCUCUGUCGUCUUCCUCAAGAGCCACCUGGGCCGGUACCUGGGGGCCGACAAGGACGGCAAGGUGCGCUGCGAGGCCGAGCAGCCGGGCCGCGAUGAGCGCUUCAGCAUCGUCACGCAGUCGGACGGGCGCUGGGCGCUGCAGUCGGAGCCGCACCGGCGCUUCUUCGGGGGCCGGGAGGACCGGCUGUCCUGCUUCGCGCCCAGCGUCACCGAGGGCGAGCUCUGGACCGUGCACCUGGCCAUGCACCCCCAGGCCAACCUGCUGAGCGUCAGCCGCCGCCGCUACGCCCACCUCAGCGCCCACGAGGACGAGAUCGCCGCCGACAGCAACCUGCCCUGGGGGGUGGACGCCCUCAUCACCCUCUGCUUCCAGGACAAGAAGUACAGCCUGCGCACCGCCGACGAGCGCUACCUGCGCUGCGACGGCACCCUGGUGCCCGAGCCCGGCGCCCGCACCGGCUACACCCUCGAGUUCAAGGCGGGCAAGCUGGCCUUCAAGGACUGCGACGGCAAGUACCUGGCGCCCACGGGGCCCACCGGCACCCUCAAGUCCGGCCGCAGCUCCAAGCCGGGCAAAGACGAACUCUUCGACCUGGAGGAGAGCCACCCCCAGGUGGUUUUCACGGCGGCCAACGGCAGAUUCGUCUCCAUCCGGCAGGGCGUCAACGUCUCGGCGAACCAGGACGAGGAGCUGCACCACGAGACCUUCCAGCUCCAGAUCGACCGCGACACCAACAAGUGCAGCCUGCACACCAACGCCGGCAGCUACUGGACCCUGGUGGCCCAUGGGGGCAUCCAGGCCGUGGCCACCGAAGUCGGUGCCAACACCAUGUUCGACAUCGAGUGGCGCGGGCGGCGCGUGGCCCUGCGCGCCAGCAACGGCCGCUACGUCUGCACCAAGAGGAACGGGCAGCUGGCGGCCGUCAGCGACGCCGUGGGGGAGGACGAGGAGUUCACCCUGAAGCUGAUCAACCGGCCCAUGCUGGUGCUGCGGGGCGAGCACGGCUUCGUCUGCUACCACCGCGGCUCCAACCUGCUCGACUCCAACCGCUCCGUCUACGACGUCUUCCACGUCGGCUUCAGCGACGGCGCCUACCAGAUCCGAGGCCAGGGGGGCAAGUUCUGGUACGUGGCGAGCAGCGGGGCGGUCUGCAGCGACGGGGACCUCUCCGAGGAUUUCUUCUUCGAGUUCCGGGAGCGCGGGCGCGUGGCCAUCAAAGGGAAGAACGGGCGGUACCUGCGCGGGGACCCGGCCGGCACCCUGCGGGCCGACAGCGAGUCGGUGCUGCGGGCCACGCUCUGGGAGUACUGAGCCACCGGGCGCUGGGGACGGGGCGGCCGGGGCACUGGCACCGCCGUGGCCCCGAGCCCGCCCUGCUCCUGGGACCGGGGUGGCCAGGGAGACCCAGGCAGGCGGAGGAUGGUGGCAGAGCCGGCGGUGGCAUCGUCCACGGCAGCCGUGUCCCCGACCCCCCCCUCUACUCGUGGCAUUAAAGUGCGUCUGGAUUGCA